UCUACUUCUCUACCCUAUCUACGGAAGCUAGCCUGUUGUCAGCAACAGUUGCUGUGAACGUUUUGGUUGAGCUUGAGUUGUUGUUAUCUGGCUGGUUAUAUACAGCCAUAGACUUAGCACUACUGUUGUAGAAAGGUUCUUUGCGGAUACUAUUUGGAUCAUGUUAUUGUGUGACACUGGAACUUGGAAGAAUAAUUUAGCGUAUUAUCUCCCUCCGAUAUGAAGCGGGAAGUUUAAAAAACGCCAGCUACGUUUCUGUCAUUCUAGCUAACGCUAGACAUGGCUCAAACUGUUUUUAGUUCAAACGAACAACUAAACUUUGCAAGUCAUAUAAAUCUCGAUGACUCGUCUUUAAGCUCUGAUGCCGGGGACAUCUUAAUUCGUUCAACUAGAAUAAUCUUUCCCGAAACAACCAAUGUUUGCGAUUUAAGGUCGACGUCAACCAAAUAUAACAAACCAGACAACGUUCAGAUUACGGCGAAUAAACUGCGCAGUACUACCCAACAUGUAACAGACGAGGUUCAGAAGUCGAGGCGGUCCAAGAAGCAAGAGUACGUCCAUGUCCCUCCCGCACUGAGAGCCAAGCUACAGUCCUGUUCCCCAUCAGCCCCAGUGUCACUUUCAGAGGGAUCUAAAGUGCCGAAAGGUCAUGCAGUGAUAAAAACGUCCUCCGAAACACGAAAAAACAAGCAGCCUCACAAAGAUGGGAAAGGGACACAUCAGUCAUCUGCUCAGAUCAAGCCCAGUGGAGAUGAGGGUCAUGAGGUUGUGAUAUCCCGCUAUGCUGCUGGAGGGAAGGGGGCCAUAAUGGCUGCCCUCAAACAGAGGUCUCAGAGCGCCCCCCUGAGGAGAGAGGUGAAGGUGCAGCUGCUGGGGCAGAGGUCUGCUGUCCAGAGCCCUGAGUUUCAGACUGUGACUCCCAUCUUUGGUAACCAGGGCCCAGGUCUGAGGCUGGAUAUCCAGCCUGGUGCUCUGCCUUACGGAGACCAGGGGUGUCAGAGCUCAGAGCCCCAGCGUCGGGCUCUCCUCUCAGGGGACCAGGGAGCGUCAGCUGCCUGUACUGCAGCUGUGGUCACGGCUGCUACCAUCGCUGCCACUGCUCCUCUCCUCAAGGCUCAGAGUGACAUGGAGCUUCGUGUGUCCCAAAUGUCUGAGGGUCUGAGGAGGCUGCUGGAGGCUGACAGACUUCCAGGCCAGUCCCUGGAGCGCAGAGCGGGGAGGGAUGCCAGUGAAAGCAGGGAGGGGAGGGAGGGGAGCCGGACCCUAGACCGUGUCGCCCAGCUGGAGCAGCAGCUCAGCUCCCUGACCCAGCAGCGACUGCAGCACCUGGAGCUGAUCCAGAACCAGCAGAUGGGACUGCAGAGCCGUCUUUUGGAGUCUGCUCUCAGCGUUGUGACUGGCCACGCCUCUGUGCCCGCUGCCCCCCUGCGGCCCCCUGACCCUACACCUGUACUAUCUGCUGGUCUGCCACAUGGACUGCCAGGUUCUCUGCCUGUAGGCCACUCUCAGACCCAUCUGACGGUGGUUGACCUGUCUACUGAUAUAGCCCAGCCCAGCCAGAGGACAGGAUCUGGAGGAGGCCCGAGCCCCCCGGAGACCCCUGCCCCACGCAGAGUGAUCCCUAAACCCACACACUGGAACUCCAGCACACAGGACACCCACAACCCCCAAUCCAGCACUCGGAACGCCCAAAACCUCCCAACCAGGACCCAGAGGUCUACACACCCUGGCUCUAGAGACCCGGGACCCGGGGCCGUCCACACCACCAGGCCUGGACCAGCCAAACAUACUCCACGAUUAGGCUCCAAACCACAGAGAACACCCAGCACAACCCCAGGAAGUGGUAGACUCCCGGAGGCCAUCCAUGACGGCCGCCGCCGCCGCGGCAGCUGUACAGCAAGGACCGGAGCGAAGUCCGCCACGGUUGCCAUGGCAACACCCCAAGACGGUGACGGACCACCGGAGCAAUUCAGGGACGCACACCCGCAACAGGAGACUUUCAGGGUUUCCACGGCAACCCUGGGCCAACCUUCCAGCUCAGCGCCAGCUAAUCACGGCGACAACUCGGCAGUAGAAAGAGCCAAUCGGAUGCUAAAGGACCUGGGGCGCCUCAAGGCCGAGAUGCGCACCCUGCUGACGACAGGAGAUGCUUUCCCUGGGCAGAUCAGCAGGGACACGGCCCAGCCUAGCUCUGGCAGUCCCAGCAGCACCAACCGACCGCCUGCUCCCCACAUCCCCGCUGCCCCCGCCGCCACCCUCCCUCCCCCUGCCGGCUCCGUGCCAUCCCAGAAUGCAGCAGUAGAAGUGGUAUCUCCGUCCGUUCCCCCCCUCCCACUCCCCCGCCCCGGACCCCCCCCGCUCCAGAGGAACCCCCCAGUGCCGUCCAUGUUUGAGGACGCCGAGAAGGUUCUCCGGCAGGUCCAGAGGAACAAGAAGGUUCUAGAGGAGAACCUGCAGGCCAUGCUGAGGGUCAAGGAGGGAGAGCUUCUCCACUGCCAGCUGGAGGCUCUUGCAAAUAACAGGGACACCACAGAAGAAGUGAGGAUCAAGAAGACGGUGGAUGCUUGGAUCAAGGCCCUGAGUAAAGACAUAGAGACUGAAGCAGCUGGGCAGGACCUGGCAGCUCAGUGUCGACCCAGAGAGAGAGAUGCUGCAGCCCCUACUGCUGCCCAGAAGAAGACCACUGGGACCAGAGAAGAGAGAGGGAAGGAUAUGCUCAGAACAGCAGGAACUAAAUCCUCUGGUAGAGUGCCCAGGGGACAGUCGGGCAAGACUGAGGAGAAAACCAAAAGCACCCACCCCAGUGCAAAACUGAGACCAGCUCAACACAUGCAGGCCCAGGCCCGAUCGGUGGAGGAGGAGGAGAGGCCAGGAGAUGAUGGAGAUGAUGGUGCUGGGGAGGACUACCUGGUGAAGCUGUAUGGGAAGGCCCUGUAUGAAGGCCACAGGAGGACGCUGAAGAAAGGGCCCUACCUACGCUUCAGCUCCCCCUCUCCCAGGUCCAGGGGCCCCAGACCCAGGGUGGUGGAGAGCGUGAGGGGUGUGAAAAUGAAAUCUUCUAAAACCCAGACAAAUCUCGCUCCAGACCGGACAGUCUCUUUCCCCCUGCCCCCGUCCACCAAUCAGCCUCAGUACAUCUUCAGCCCCACGCGAGGCGGUCUGAAUGACCCCAUGGAGGGCUACCUCCUCCCCAUAGCCAUUCCCCUAGGUCGGCGUCGGGUGGAUGGCGUGGCCCCCCUGCCGUCACGGGUCUUCAUCAGUGACAGGCCUAUCGUGGUGACUACUACAUUACGUCCAUCCCCACCCAGACCGGCCCCUGCCCCCCGUAAACCUACUGUGACCCUCUUAGAGGUCAAGUCUGACCAGAGGAGGAGACCACUGAAGCUCACUGUGCAGGUCCAGCCCAGCGUGAACAUCGAGCCUCCAGCCUCCAUCCUCGUUCGCUCUCCCCCCCCACGCCCUCCCACCCCUCCUUCACAGAUCCAGACUGUGGAGGAAACCUUGGAGAGGAGGAAGAGGGAGGAGGAAGAGGAAGAGAAGGAGGAGAAUGUUUUCCCCGGAACAAAUUUCCUGGCAGUGGUUGAUAUCUCUCAGGAGACAGAGGAGGACAGUGAGGUGCUUGAUGGCGAGAAUCGCACGGCCCAAUCAGAGGAGAGAAGCGAUGCGUCAGACGUGGUGGAGGAAGACACUAACGCCCCAGUGGGGUCUGAGAUGAUCAGACAGUACAUCAACGAGGCCCUGACUGAGAUGGUGGCCCAGAUGCUGGACCAGAGAGACGGGCAGACACAGGAGAGGCCUGCUCCCCCCACCCCCACCCAGGAGCCCCCACCAGCCCAGCAGGAGGACUUGGUUCCCACCCCCAUGCCCACCCCUGAGGCCAGCAUCAGCUCCAUCGUGGCCUGCCCAGGGCGCUCUCCCCUGGGCACACCAGAGCCCUCUGACCAGGGCAGUCCAGAGCUGACCCCCAGAGAUGUCCAGCCAGCCCAGCCUCAGCAGUCCACUCCUACUGAACCAGAGCCAGAGCCAGUGGUGACCCCGGCCUCCACGCCAACGUCCACCCCCCCAACACUGACCCCCCAGCCCUCCCUGGAGCCCCCCAGCCAGAGGAACCACCCCUGGGGAGAUGCAGAGCUGCCCCUGGCUGAGGAGCAGCCUCAUAACAGCCUGGAGAUGAACACCCAGCCCAGCAAGCCCCUAGUGAUGUCAGUGGCUGUAGAGGAACCUCUCCUGGCCUCCCCUCCUAUCUCAGUACCCUCCAUACCCCCGCCCCAGCCUGCCCGCUCCCCUACCCCACCACCGCCACCUCUCCCUGGGCCUGCGACUCCCUCCUCAGCCCCUUCCUCCUCCACGGAGGACAGCAGCAGCAGUAGCUCCACCGUCUCGAGGACAGACACAGCUGUCAAACACAUAUCUGAAGGAGAACUGCUCUUCAGCUACAACAAGCUGAUGGCUGCACAGGCCUAUGAAGAAGGCUUGUAUCUGCCCUGUGACAUCCCCAGCUUCUCCAGCUCCCUGCACGAGGUCCAGGACAUGGAUUAUGACCCCCCUAGUGAGGGCCAGGUGAGGAGACCCCAGGUGCCACCCCACCGCGACCCCCUGCUCUCUCUGCUGGCUAAGAUGGACCAGGGGGUGGUCUCCACCCACGCUGGCGCCAUGACUCGUCCUGGGGGUUCCUGGGGGUUGGAGGCAGAAGCUGAGGAGGAGGGCAGUGUGGGAGAGGUGAGCGAGGGUCAGAGACCUAGACUGACUCUGGCAGGAGAGAGGGUCAUGACUGGACACUCCCUAUUGGGCCCCAGGACCCGGACUACAGGAAGUAGGAUUGAUCAUCCUCUCAGAACUACAGAUCCCAGUAGCGGAGCUGAGGCCAGGACUACGGGGAGUACAGAGACCCAGCAGAGACAAGGUUUAUCUCCAGGCCAGCUCAGCCAGUCUGCAGAUCUGACAGAGCUGAGUCUGGGAGACACCCGCCAGGGUCCAGUCACAAUUGCAGAUCUGGGAGUCGAACCUGUGAUGCCAACCCGGACCUCCCACUUCCACACUGACUCCUCCCACUCUCCGCCCCCUCAGAUACAAGACAUCACCCCACUAGGAGCUCAGGCAGCUGAUUGGUUCUCUGUCUCUACGGACAGGCCAGCUCCUAUCCUCGUGAGGCAGAGGUCCCAGGAGACUCAUUCAGGGGAGGAGGCCCAGGGAGGCUCCAGGGUGAUGGCUGUCCACCUCCCCUCCGCUGGCCUGGAGGAGGAGGAGGAGGAGGAGGAGGAGGAGGAGGAGGAGGAGGCCUCCAUCAGCCUCGGUGCUGCAGGAGGAGCAGACUCCAACUCCUCUGGGAACGAUGUGUUCUAAUGAAGCCACUGAUGUCAUAGGACCUGCAUCUACACUCCCAUUCUACUGGCUCUCUACUGGCCUUCUUCUGGCUCUCUACUUUAUAGAUGUUUGGAGCUCCAGCUACCUGUGGCCUCUUCAGACUAGAUGUCUCCGGAGAUCAGCCGACCACUCCAGAUCCGUGCAGAGAUUCCUCCACCUGUGGAGCCGAUCAGUCUAACAUUCCUCCACCUGUGCCUUUAGAGCCACUAAGAUGUUCUGGCAUUAAUCCACUCUUUGACCUUCCUUGUUUGAAUUGUGUUUUACAAAUAAAGUUUUUGAUAUUGUAAU